CUCAGCUCAUGUUGAUAUGAAUAAAUUAGCCUGAGCAUUAUCUGUCUCAAACUACAGAGCUGCUGGACAGGAUCAUUAUUAUGUGAAAUCUUGUGCACCAGGAACAUUGGUUAGUAAAUGUCUCUCAUGAUGUGUUUUCUUUCUCCUUGUUGCUGAGCAUAAUCAAGCACCAAGACUUUAAGUAAUGGGCUAAAUUAUAACUGCUGAAAAAGUGCUGAAAUUUAAAGUAAUUUUAAGUAAUAUGCUCAAUUAUAACUGCUGAAAUUUAGAGCUACACAACAAUGUAUGAAGACUGACCGUAUGCAAUUACAGCCAAUACAGUAGGUAGAGUUGAUGGUCGACUCUGGCAAACGCACUUCCUCUUUUGACCAACAGGGGGAGAAAGAUGACUGCAGUUUCAUCCGACUGUGACAGAUGCUCUUUGAAGGCUAGAACAAAGAUCAAAACCUGCCGCAACCGUGUUACUAAAACAAACCUGCUUCCAAACGCUGUGUCGCAUCACAUCUCUUUCUCUCUUUAUUUAUUUGGCUGUUUCCUGAUAAUGCCAUGCAAGAGUAAGACAGAGAGAGAGACAGAGUGAGAGAGACAUAAAGCUAUUGUAUGUGUGUGUGUGUGUGUGUGGGAGACACAGAGAAAAAGAAAGCGACUGUGUGUGUGUGUGUGUGUGUGUGUGUGUUUGUCUCACGGGCUUUGGGGGGCGACCACAGAAGUAUUUGUAUCAGUAUUAGUCAUGAAACAGAAUGCGAAAGGAAAUGUCAAAAUCACUUCAGAUGAGUUGAGCAAAGCCUCAGGCUUCUGUGUGUCUUCUCAAUGUAACCUGGCCAGAACGGUGCCCCCAAGCCCCCCAGCGCGCCAUGGAGGGACAGCAGUGGGCCAUCGGACUUUAAAACAUUAAAUGAAGGAACAUGUACUUCUGUGGUUGAAGCGAGGCUUCUGGCGAGAGAUGCCAGUGCAGCGCGCAGACAGGCCGAGUGUCACAGGGAGAGAACAGAGACCUGAAAGGAUGGAUGCAGUGUCCGUCUACCACGGCCCCAUUGGCAAAACCCAGUGUGAGAGGAGACUAUGCGAGGCAGCCAGAGAUGGCAGCUACCUGAUCAGAGACAGCGAGUCCGUGUCUGGAGUCUACUGCCUGUGUGUUCUGUGCAAAGGCUACGUCUACACGUAUAGGCUACACCAGAACGAGGAGGGAUCUUGGGCAGCCGAGACGGCGCCCGACCAACAGAAACGCUACUUUCGGAAAGUCAAGAACCUGAUAAGCGCCUUUGAGAAGCCAGACCAAGGGAUAGCUAUUCCCCUCCUCUACCCAGUGUCUGCGCCCAGUUGCUGCCCGACCCAGGAGCAGCUGCCGACGCUCGCGGCCCAGAACUACAACCAGAACCACAGCCUCGCCCCGGGACACAAGUCGACACCCAGAGUCAAGCCCAAAAAACGUCCCUCUGUCUGAGAAGUUUUUUUUUUUUUCAACGACCUGUGCGAAAUCUCGGAGCUGAAAGCAGGCCAGACUCCUUUUAGUUGAGCCCUUAAAGAACUCUCUGGUCUGGUUAUCUCAUCCUCUCUCUGUUUCUCUACUUCUAGUCCCCUGAUUAUCUCAUUUCAUACCACUCUCUCUUUCUCUCUCCAUUUCUAUCUUUCUCUCCCUCUCUUGCUCCCCAUCUCGCUUUCUCUCUCAACAUCUCUCUCUCUCCUAAUUUUCUUCUCCACAUUAUGAUGUAUAAUUCUAUGAAUUCAUUUUUGUUAAAGUGCUUGAGGCUUGUUUUUUAUUAUCCAACAUAUCCAAAAGAUUUUUUGUCAUUUUGUCUUGGCUGGGAGUGGGAUUGAGGCACUUAUAUUAUAUUCCAUAAAUAGAAACCUUAAUUCUAUCUAUACAGCUCUAGUUGAGAGGGUUUUCAGUUUAAAGUCAUUUCCUGACUCUAAAAAACCCACUGUAACACUGUUGUAGAUUUUAAAGACAACAUAUUUUGCACAAUUCUUCUCUACCCACAAAACACGUACGUAUGAUGAAGGCAUGCCUUUUCCCACAACCGCCAUUUUGUCACUCGACAAAGAAAUCAACGCUCCUUUGAUCUCAGGAUACAAACCCUAAACUGAGAGCAGUUGCCAAGAUAAUUUAGGAGGUUGUUACUGUGUUAAUUCUAUUUAUGUACAUUUGUGAGGAUGCCUGAGAUAACUCAAUAUAAUAAAGAUUAGGUAUGAUAGAAACAUAUACUCUCAUUAUAUUGAAUGUACAAAAUGUAUUAUUACUGCCUUAUAUUAUAGACGGUUUGUUGAAA